GCCGGGGGGAGGGGGAGGAGGGGGAGGGGUUUUUCCUUGCGUAUUUGCGUGCGUGCGCCAUGUCGCUUUGGUCAUGGAUGGGCGGCCCAUGGCUUGUUGACUACGUUCAUGGCGAGGGCCCUCUUCCCCUCAGCACCGCAACGACGCUUUUCAACCUGCUGCAGGCGCUGACGAACAGUAGCGGUGUGAGUGGGGACAGCAGCACCCACUCUUACGGGGUCUUGAUGGAUGCGGCCUUUGCGCUGCUGAUUCUGUCUCUUGCGAGGUAUGCCUGCCGGCUCUUGACCGAGACGUGGCCCUCUUGGAUUUCGGAGAAGCUGAGGAACUUCCUCGCCAUGGACACCACCGAGGAUGCCGCGGCUGUUGAUGUAUUCAUGAAUCAACCGGAGGAGUUUGUGUUUGAUAACGAGCUGCUGGUGCUCGCAAUAGAGCGGUAUGUGUCGCACUUGCUUGAGUGUGAAAAGGAGGCAAAGCAGGACGGUACUACCACGGACAAUGCCAACAACGAACGCACGGUGAAGGUGCCAGAUAGACUCUUGCGCACGGCAGAAUAUUGCUAUAGGCCGGAUGCUCCUAUGGCUGGCUGCCGAAUGAGUGCGGCAGAAACAUUGCGGAGUAAUUUUCGUCUUGUCAUGCGGCCUGUAGACGGUGACGUGGUGGAGGUGGAGCCUGGACUGACGGUCUGCUUCCAACAGCAGCUGGUGCCAGUGUCGGCGCUCAGGGAGUGCAAGCUCGUCGCCCGUCGUGGACCGAAGCCUCUCAUGGAUGUCUUUAUUCCCCUCAACUUCGAUGCCGCACGGAGGGGGCAUGCCUUUAAAAGGACGCAGAAUAAGGAAGAACACGAGGUUACUGGUCGUGGUCGUGUUGAUUCUGAUGGUACUACUUCGACGACUGCUAGUAACCAUGAUGGCUCGAGGUCUUUGAAUGAGAUGCGAGACCCGUCAAAUGCCACCGGGGAUGGAAAGGAGGUUGAUAGGGUGGUUGUGCAACAGGCCAUACUACGGUGCACGGACAAGAGCGAAGCAGGGAAGGAACGCGUCAUGGCCUUUGCUAGAAGGGCGUAUGCGUGGUACAUUCCCAUUGUUGCUGAGCCAGCGGAGCGGUACUACUUUGUUCCCUCCGCCUCCGAGUGGCGUCAUGCCCUUGGGGUGUGGGCACAGCAACCAUCAGAAUGCUCACAGUGUCUGCAUAUGAGGCGAUUUGUUCUUUCUACAAAUGGCUGUGGCUUCCGCAAUCUUUUUUUUAGGCAGAAGGCAGAACUGUUGGCGCUUCUUGAGGACUUCAAGCAGAAACAGGGAAAGUUUGUCCUGCCAGGCGUCGCACAUCAGCUUGUUGUUCUUUUGCAUGGUAUGCCAGGGACGGGAAAGAGCAGCGUUGCACGCAGCAUAGCGAUGUUUCUGAACCGGCACAUCGUGGCGGUCCCCAUUGGACUUAUUCAAACUGACAGCACGCUGCGGGGAAUACUCUCUGGGGGUGUGGUGAUGAUUGAUGGGGCAACGAGUGAGGAAGGCGAGGAUGGGGACAUGGCGCAAACCAUGCCGUCGCAACCGCAGAAACUAGACGUGGACAGGGUGGUGUAUGUGUUUGAGGACGUUGAGGCGAUGGCCGGUGUGUUGUCGUUUCCGUUGCCCGUGCCUCAUCAGCACCUGCCCCGAGGCUCCGAGGACACGGCGGCGGAAGAGGAAGAAGAGGAAGAAGAAGCCACUGCGGGUGAUUCAGGCAGCAAGACGGGGAGUGACUUGGGAAGGGCGGAUUCGGAGUCGCAGGCGGAGUCCACCGAUUGCCGCUUCUCCGUGGGCGCCCUGAAGAAAUACCGCAGGCUCUUGGCCUCGGACUUCCUCUCGCCUGAGGGCGUACUCACCGCCCUGGACGCCACUCUUGCACCCUCGGGGCGUGUGAUCGUCUUCACAACAAAUUAUCCGGAGAAGCUGCCCGAGCUCUUUUGGAAGCCCGGCGUCGUGACGCUUGCAAUCCACCUGGGCGCCCUCGCCGCGGCAUCCGCGAUGGAGCUCGUGGAGCACUACUGCAGUGCUCCUCUCACGCCGUCGCUGCGAGCCCGAUUUGCGGCGCUCUUUUCGGCGUGCGAAGCCAAGGCGGCGACGGAGGCGAUGAACCCGGCCGCACUGCUGCAUCUGCUGACCGUCUGCGACAGAGCGGAGGAGGUGCUGGCGGAGCUGCAGCGCUUUUGUUAG